AUGGCUCGCGUCGUCGGCGUGCCGCCGUUCCUCCUCGUCUCCCUCCUCGCAUUAUCGUCCGUGGCCCUUGCCGACAUGGUGCUCGGCCGCAAGGGCAGUACAGUGGAGGAGCCCGAGCCAGCGGAUGUGCAGUUGCCGGGGGUGAGCAAGUACGCUGUGAUCUUCGACGCCGGGAGCACGGGAACGCGUGUGCACGUCUUCAAGUUUGACAACAAGAUGGAACUCCUGAAGAUCGAUGACCAGGUCGAGGUCUUCGCCAAGGUGUCCCCCGGGCUGAGCUCCUACUCUGGGCGGCCACUGGAAGCUGCCAAGUCCGUGAUACCACUGCUCGACAAGGCAAAGGGCACCGUGCCUUGGUGGCAAAUGAACAGAACUCCUCUUAAACUAGGGGCCACGGCUGGGCUGAGACUUAUCGGAGAUAAGCAAUCAGAGCAGAUCCUGGAAGCGGUCAGGGAUAUUGUCCACACCAAGAGCAAAUUCCAGUACAACUCAAAGUGGAUCAAUGUUCUCGAGGGAUCUCAGGAAGGCUCUUACAUGUGGGUUGCUCUGAACUAUCUGUUGGAUAGAUUGGGAGGAGACUACUCCAAGACGGUAGGCGUGAUCGACCUUGGAGGCGGCUCCGUCCAAAUGGCGUACGCCGUCUCUCCAAACGCUGCCGCAAACGCCCCGGCGGUGCCUGAUGGCAAGGACCCUUACAUCACCAAGGAGUACUUGAAGGGAAAAGACUACAACGUCUACGUCCACAGCUACCUGUACUACGGCAACAUGGCUGCUCGCGUGGAGAUCCUCAAGGCAAAGUCGGGCCCGUUCAGCUCGUGCAUGCUACGCGGAUCCACCGGUAACUACACCUACAACGGCGAGGUAUACGAAGCGGCGGCCGCGCCAGAAGGCGCCGUAUACAGGAAGUGCAGGAAGGAGGUAGCCAGGGCACUGAAGCUAGACGCGCCGUGCGAAGCCAAGAACUGCACCUUCGGCGGCGUGUGGGGCGGCGGUGGCGGCGCCGGGCAGGCGACACUUUAUGCAGCCUCCUCCUUCUACGUCAAGGCCUCCCAGGUCGGAUGGGUUAAGAAGGGCACCCCGAGCGCCAGGUCUAGCCCGGCGGCGUUCAGGGCAGCGGCGGUGAAGAUCUGCCGGCUUAGCCUUGAGGAGGCGCAGACGGCCUAUCCCGGGGUGCGCGAAGUGCCCUACAUCUGCAUGGACCUGGUGUACCAGUACACACUGCUCGUCUACGGGUUCGGGUUGACACGGGCGAGGGAGAUCACCCUGGUGGAGAAAGUGAAGCACGGGGAAUACUUCAUGGAAGCCAAGUGGCCGCUCGGCGAGGCUAUCGAGGCCGUAGCGCCUAAGAAGCGCAUCCACCAAGAUCCGGUGAAUGUUGCACGAUCGCUAAUAUGA